AUGUUUACUGCCGUAUAUAAAUACAUAAUGGCGCACUCAACAGUAAAUACAAAGAAUUCUGAUGGUGAUGAAUUGAUUAAACCUUCGGAAAAAGGAGCUUACGGUUUUACUAACUCAUUUAAUUCAGAAUUCAAAAUGCCGGACUAUUUCAAAAUCUUCCGUUGGUUAUUUGCCAAAAAUGAUACCGGUUUACCAACGAACAUUGAAGAAUUAGAUGAAACACUACCAGUGAUAAAACACAAACCAGAAGACAUACGAAAACAAUCGCCCGGUCUACGAUUUCUCUGGAUUGGACAUGCAUCAUGUUUUGUGCAAAUAGAUGACUUCAUGUUUCUUACCGAUCCUGUCUUCAGUGACCGAUGUAGUAUCACACAAUACAUGGGGCCAAAACGUUUUCGUCCACCAGCAUUGACAGUUAAAGAUUUGCCUGAUGAACUCGAAGCAAUCGUUAUUUCACAUAAUCAUUUUGAUCAUCUUGAUUAUGAAAGUGUUCGACAGUUAAAUGAACGUUAUGGAGAGAAAUUAACAUGGUUUUGUGGUCUUGGCGGACGGCAAUGGUUUCUUGAUUGUUCUAUAAAGAACGUUGUCGAACUCGAUUGGUGGCAAGAAUGGACACAUCCGACUAAAAAGAAUGUUCAAAUUGCCUUUUGUCCUGCACAACAUUGGUCACGUCGUGCUUUGACUGACUUAAACCAAUCUCUAUGGGGUGGUUACGCCAUAUGGAAUGAAAAACAGAUUGGAAAAAAGUAUGGUCCAUUUGACUUGAGCGCAAUACCAAUCGGUGCAUACGAACCUCGCUGGAUGAUGGAAGCACAACAUGUCUCACCCCAUGAAGCGGUACAAAUCCAUAUUGAUACUCAAUCGAAGAAGUCGAUUGGUAUACAUUGGGGAACAUGGGCAUUAGCAAAUGAGUUUUAUUUAGCACCGAGAGAACAACUUCAAAAAGCUGUUGAAUCCCGUAGAUUAGAUCCCGAAUCGUUUACUGUUGUUAAACAUGGAGAAACUUUUGAUUUGCCUAGAAAUGAAUAA